AUGCUCGACCGGCUGAAGAGCAUUUUGUCGAAAAGGUCGGGGCCAAAUGGCGAGGGCACGAGCCUUGGAUUCAAGCUGUCCUUGAUGGCCGCGCUGUGUAUACCGGUCAUCCUAGAGACACUUGACUACACUGGCAAUCGUGGCCACCGCCCAGCCCCACAUCGCCUCAGUAUACAACCGGCUCGAUCUCCAGAGCAACAGGCGUGCGCGCUGCUUGGCUACUGCAUUAAGUUCACUUCAAAGGCUUUGGCUUUAGUGGUGUACAGAGAACACCAUGUCUCUCCCGUGCUUGCGUUCGGGCGAUUGGUGAUCCCUUAUAUUGGGACAGCUUACCUCCUGUCAUCAACCGUGUUUAUCCCCUUCUUCGGCUCCUUGGCCGAUAUCUAUGGCCGGCAUCCAGCCCUGCAACUAUCCUUGCUAUUUUUCACCGUCGGCAGCGCCCUCAGUACAGGUGCGAACAGCAUGCCUAUGAUGCUUGCGGGGCGAGGCAUUGCCGGGAUAGGCGCGGCAGGUUUGACUGCUGUUGUCCGUAUCAUCCUGGCGGACUCGAGGUCGCUCGAUGACAAUAACUGGCAGAUGUCCAUUCUCAUGGUCCUCUACUCCAUCGGUUACUGCAUUGGCCCUGUCAUCGGCGGCGCGCUCAUCGCCGUCUCCUUCCGCUGGAUAUUCGCUAUCAACCUACCCGCAUGCGUCGUAGCAAGCGCCGUCGGCUUCCUCCUCCUGCGCAAAAAGACCAAGAAGGGCCGGGCGUCCCAGCAGCUGCCUCACAGCACCGCCGACAUGGAGACCUGGUUCGACAAGCUCAUGCGCAUCGACUGGAUCGGCUCCACGCUCUUCAUGGGCGGCGGCAUCCUGCUCCUGCUCGCGUUGAACUGGGGGUCCACCGAGAGCUGGUCGUCCGCGCAAGUCAUCGCGUGCUUCGUCGUCGGCGGGCUGCUCUUCGUCGCAUGUGCGGCGUACGAGCUCGUGCUGGAGCGGUACAGGCUGCGCGAGAGCGCCGCGCCGCCGCCGCUCAGGAUGCUCUUGGCGGACCCGCUCGUGCCGAUGGAGGUCCUCCGCUCGUACGACGUCUGUGCGGUGCUGUACUCGUGCUUCGUGCAGGGGAUGGUGAUGAUGGUCAUGUUCUACUUUGUCGCGAUUUUCAUGGUGAUUGUGACGGGCCUCUCGCCGACUCAGGCGGGUGUGCAGCUCAUUUACUUUGCUCCUGGAAUGGGCGCCGGAUCGAUGAUAUCCAUAUGGAUCACCAAACCCAGCCGCUCAGUCGUAAUCGGCAGCAUUAUUACCACGGUAGGCCUCGGCCUCGUGUCAAUGGCGGUCGAGCAGAAUAAGCAGCAUCUAGUCGACGGGUUCAUGGUGAUGACCGGUGCCGGCGUAGGGCUCUGCCUCUCGUCCGCUGUCGUGCACGUCCGGUUCUCGCAGCCGGACGAGCGGCAGGCGGUCGUCACGGCGCUCACGCUCUUCAUGCGCUCGUUCGGGGGCACCGUCGGCCUCGCGCAGUGCGGCGCGGUCAUGAACGCCAAAGUGUCGUCGCACAUCGCGCACGCGAUCAUAUCCGGGCAGCUCGAUCCCGCGGCGCUCGGCGGGGCGUCGCUGGACACGAGCGGGGGGCUGUCGAGCGUGCAGGGCAUCGACGCGCUGCCCGCGGCGGCGCAGGCGGUCGUGAAGCGCGCGUUCGCGGUCGGGACGCAGUACAGCUUCAUCUCGCUGGUGCCGUGGGGGGGCAUCGCGGUUGUGCUUGCGCUGUUUUUGCGCCCGAUACCGGAUACGGAUAAGGAGAGGAGGGACGCGGCGGCGGAGGCUAAGGAAGGGGAGAAGGAAGGGGAUGAGGAGACACCGGCAAAGGGAAGCGAGAAGAGUGCCGAGCAGAAGCCGGUGGGAUGGGGUGAGGAGGGUGUCGACGAAGAGAAGCCGAAGGAGGUAAACAAGGCACAGCCUGAAGUGAGGAGGGACGACCUUCAGGCGCCGGUUUAA